CGCAAUCCGAUGGUCAUCUGACAGAAUUACCUUCUGGAAUCAUGUCAAACCCAGAAAUGCUGUAUGAGCGCCAAACGCUUCAGUCAUGACAGCGUUGCUCAUUUUUUGCUCUUGAAUGUCCGACUUCCAUGCCGGUCGAUCGGCCCAUCAAUUACCUUUCUUGUGGCUAUCUGCACAGGCUCUCGUGGGCUUCGCAAACCGAUAUUUACGAAUCGAUCAGCCACAAGUCGAUUAGGUGCAUUAUCGUGCAUAGCCUUUUCGUCUUCUCGAGAUUCAUUUUGGAUGUUAUGUGUAUUUUCAUAUUUCCUCCCUGGUACGUAUAAAGGUAGAUAAAGGUGCGCUCAUAGUCGGCUGCUGAAAUUUUAUCAACGGCGCCUUGACCGUUGUUCCAUCUAUUUACGAUGGGCUCCGUCGAUAUUCAAGAUAUAGCCUCCCGAAAACAAGAGGAGCGCGAGGCAAAGCUAUCCGCAUAUCGCAAAGGGCGCAUUCAUGUUCCAAAUGAUGCCAUUGACAUCUCACAGUACCCGCUUAGCAAGCUCACAGAGACGGAGCGUGCUAUCGUCAAAUGUGAUGCAACCAGCAUCGUAGAUUUGAUUCGUAAACGAGUCUAUACUGCCCAGGACGUUCUGCAGGCCUUCGUCAAAGUAGCGGUGGCUACCCAAGACAUCACAAACUGUCUCACAGAAGUUUUGCUCGAUGAAGCAUUCCUGCGAGCCAGAGAGCUUGAUCAAUAUCUGGAGACAACUGGAAAUGUCGUGGGACCGCUACACGGUUUACCAGUUUCGAUCAAAGAUCACAUCAAAAUCAAAGGUCUGGAUACUUCGUCAGGGUAUCUUGGCUGGGCGUACAAAACUGUCGCCGACAGUGACGCGCUGGUGGUAGAAAUUCUACGCAACGCCGGUGCAAUUCUAUAUGUCAAAACACAGACUCCGCAAACUUUGCUUUCACUCGAGACCGAAAAUAACGUAUUCGGCAGGACUAUCAACCCGUUUAAUCGCAACUUGACUCCUGGAGGAAGCAGUGGUGGCGAGGGGGCGCUUAUAGCAUGUCACGGUAGCCCUAUGGGGGUUGGAACUGAUAUCGGGGGGAGUAUUCGGAUCCCUGCAGCCCACUGUGGUUUGUACGGGCUGAAAGGAUCAGUCGCGCGUCUGCCACAUUCUGGUCUCCUGGGCUCGCAUGACGGGAUGGAUGCAAUCAUAGGUUGUGUCGGGCCGUUGGCAACAUCUGCAAGGGACCUCGAGUUAUUCUGUCGAGUUAUGCUUGAUGCAAAGCCGUGGCUCAAUGAACCUCCACUCCUAGAAAUGCCCUGGAAACAAGAUGUAGCGAACGGGGAAGGGUUACCAGAUAAACUUGCAAUUGCUAUCCUUUUUGACGAUGGCGUUGUUGCACCCCAUCCUCCAAUCACACAGGCUUUGAAGAAAUACAAAGACACCCUAGAACGUGCUGGACACGAGGUAAUCGAAUGGUCAGCGGUGGAUCAUCAGCAUGGAUGGGAUCUGAUUACAAAGCUGUAUUUACUAGACGGCGGAGCAGAGUAUCACGAAACCAUCAGAGCAGGUGGAGAGUCCGCGGUUUCUCAAACAGAAUGGAUCCUCAAACACGCACAGGGAUGUGAUCCGUACACACCCGCAAAAAUUUUCAAGCUCAACUUAGAACGGGAGGCGUUCCGUUCCAAAGCAUUGGCACACUGGAAUGCUUCUCGCCAGCGUACUGUUAGUGGACGUCCUGUGGACGCUAUCCUCUGUCCGGUUGCGCCCACUUUAGCUCCACCCCACGACACGACCAGCUGGUGGGGUUAUACGUCUCAUUGGAACCUAUUGGACUUGCCAGGCGUUGUCUUUCCCGUUGACCGGUUCAAAGCCGCAGCAGCUGCCACCUACCCACCUCUUCCACUUCCAAGGAAUGAUGUUGAAAAUUUUAUUCAUAGUCAAUGGAACCCUGCCACAUAUGAUAAUGCUCCCAUAUGUCUACAGCUCGUGGGUCGGAGGCACAACGAGGAGAAGUUGUUAGCUAUGCUAAAUGUGGUGGAGAAAGUGUUCUUAGAGAAUGGCUUGUAGACAGUUGUUGAUACGUAUCAUGUAUUUUUUUUCUCCGAUUCCUUAAAAUAUCGACGUUCUUCAUGAAAUUUAUUGCCACGAGUCACGAC